GCAGAACAGUCGUUUUGAUCUGCUGGAGUUUCUUUUUGGCGCCAGCUCCCUUCUGACAUCUAGACUUCUGACCUGGUCUGGUCCCCAUCCUGGCCUCAUGUACAGAGAGCAACCCGUUGCAGUACAAUACCUUGCUCCUCAGAUGGCUCAGGAAGCUCAACGGUUCCCAAGCGGCCCCGCGCCUGUUGUCAUGGCGACUGGGCGAGAGGCCGGAAGCGAGGCCUAGCUUCUGGUUGCCUGUCCAUCUCCGGGUCGCCGCGCCUCGCCUAGGCCAGAAAGAUUUGCCUGAAGACUCGGUGGUCACUGAUGUUCUUCAUCACCUGGUGUGAUGGGACCAAGCCAGCCAGCUUCUACCUGUGUUCAUCUAGCAUCCAGUAUCCAACUAGAUGGAAGAAGUGACCCCAGGAAUCUUCAGCCUCAGAACCAGCUGCAGUUUAAUAGGAAUGUUCCUACACAUCCCAGCAACUUGGCAGUCCGAUACUCAUGUCCACAUGCGAUUAAAAUUGAAAAACUGAAACACUCCUAUAAUGAAUUGUAUCAUUGUAAAGAUGUGGAUAUUAGAGCUGGACAUGAUCUAAGCAGCUCUGUCUCAUUUUCUGUCAUAUCAGAAGAGAGGCUUAGCUAUGCUGUUCACCUAGCCAAAAGAGAUGUAAAACGAAGACAAUUUGAAGAGCAUGUGAAAGAUCAUCUCAGAAGCCAGCCCCACAGCUCUCACAAAUGUGUCCACGCCGGGGUGGAAAGGAAGGACUCGAAGAGUCAGGAUGUCUGUCAUUGCAGCCACCAGCCAUCCAAAGUAGACAUUUCCAGCUCAGGUGCCAAAGUUUAUAUAUACACAUCUCAUCCAGGACGAUCAGAUCUUACUGUGCCAAAUUCACCACCUACCCAUGAUCCAGGACUUCAGCCACAACCCAGGAUAGAGGAGCACAAAAACCUGUGGGAACAGAAAAGCCUGCUAGAAGUUCAGCGACUCCAAAAGGAAUUGAGCAGUUGUAUCCAUAAAAUAGAAGCAGUAACUAAAAAAGAUAGACUAGAGGAAGUUUUGGAUCCAGAUGAAGAGCAUCGAAUCCGAGUGAGAAGACAGGAACAAGCUGUGCGCUGUGCUCGCAUGCUCUACGUUCUUCAGCAGCAGGUAAAAGAAAUUCAGGAAGAAUUGGAUAAAUUGAGUCCACAUAAAAUUAAACAUACUAAGAAGUCGUGGGCAAUGUCUAGGCUGGCAGCUGCUCAUCGAGGAGCCAUCCGGGCCUUACAGAUGUUUGUCACUCAGUUUACUGACCGAGGAGAGCACCCAGUUCCUGCUCGGUGUAAGGAACUGGGCAGCCUUAUUCGUCAGCUUUCGCUGUGUUCUGCCAAGCUGGAUACUGAUCCUUCUGUGCCAGAUGUGGUCAUAGACAUCUUGCAGCAAAUUGAGGCUUUGGAGUCUCUCCUGGAAAAGAAACUGUCACCUAAAAAGGUAAAGAAAUGUUUCACAGAAGUGCGGAGCAGAUUCCCUAUUGGUAGCCAAAGAAUCUUAGAGAAAGGGGCAACUAUACUGCCCAAGAAUGAGAGGAGACCCUUGGUCACAAAGGAGACAUUUCCACAGGAAUCCAGUCGACCUUCUGUGGCAAAGAGGCUCCUUGAUGAUGUCUGCCAGCCUGAUGUGGAGCUUCCAGUGACUCAAAGGUUGGAGAGUGAACUUGGUGUGGUAGACGAGGACACUCUUUCAGAAGCCCCUUUUAUAUCGGACCACGGUUCAGGCAUCAAGGAUGAAACACUAACUCCAGCAAAAACACGAGCAGUGAGAAAGAAGACUGCAAUGGAGCGUGUGCCAUUUAGGAAGAAAGACACUUCGGAGUCAGCCAGACUACAGCAGGGACUCCACGUGUUUGAAAGAAAUCAACCAAACCAACCUUACAGCAAAAGCAGGUUGCAGCAGACAACAGUGUCAUCCAGAUUAAAAAUGAACCGACAGCCUGUGAAAGACCGCAGGGCUCCUUGGAUACCUCCGAACCCCACGUCUCCACCAGCCUCUCCGAAAUGUGCUGCAUGGCUAAAGGUGAAGUCCAGUCCCAGAGAUGCUGCAAAGGAACAAUCUCUCCAGCAAGAGGAUGCCCCCGAGGAAAGUCAGCUGGGAGGUGCUGCCGAGCAAGAAGCAACCAGGCUUCCUUGGCCAGAUGCUGAGUCUUCCAAAAGAUUGAAGGAACUAGAAGACUUGGAAGCCAAAGAAGUAGAAAGGAUGCAAAAACAGAGGCUUGAGUGGCUCGAGGCUGAGACUUCUCGAAGAACCAAAGAGCUGGAUGAACUGAAAGCUGAAGAAAUGGAUAGACUUCAAAAAUUAAGUGUUUCUGCCACCCAGUUAGCUGACAAGGUAGAAGCGACAGUUCUGGAGCGGUUGAAGCCCCUCUUGAUCAAGGCCCAGAGAGUUAAUUCUUCUGUGGAAGCAAAUAGUCAUUUGAAGGAUCGUCUGUCACCAAGCGCAGCAGCAGCAUCCCAGCCUGCCGAACAGGCUUCAGGUGUCAGUUAUGCGUCCAGAAAUGUUCACCAGCUGGACGACUGUUUGGAAGAUGCUGCUCAUGAGCUGAGGGCCAUGACUCAGGAUAAGACCUUGGGGUUAGAAACCUCAGCCACAUUGGGGAACAGAAAGGACAGCCCCGAUCUAGAGACCAUGAUGCUCCGGAUGGAGGAAAUGGAAAAAUACCAGGAGACAGUUCGCCAAAGAUAUAAUAAAAUUGUUUACGCUGACCCUCACUUAUGGAUGCACGAAGAGAGAAAUGGCCAGAACAACCCAACAGUAAGUGAAAGACCUUUGGCUCCCCAUCCAAUCAAGAUCACUAAGACAGCAACUCCCAAGGACCCAGCCGUGAACAUCGUGUUAGAGAGGCCCUGCAAUGCCAACUCACUGGAUGAAAGUGUGGGGACAGAGGAGGAAUCAGAGAGAAGGGAGGCCCGCUUUCCCUCCGCUGGAGAAGAUCUACAACAGAAGGAAGGCCGGACUCCCCUCUUUGUUCCACCACGGAUGCGGCAUAGCAUUGGUGAUUACUGUAGCCGAUUUGAGCAAUUCCUACGAAUUAUAUCUCAUGAGGCUAUAGGCUCCUUCAACCCAUGGCUAAUAGCUGAAAGCUUUUCAGACGAGCUGGUAGAUGAAGCCCUGGGGGCCGUGGCUGCUGAACUGCAGGAUGUGUGUGAAGACUAUGCAGAAGCCGUGUUCACCUCAGAGUUCCUGGAGGCUGCUGCAUGAAAGCUGUCCAGGCAGGGUCCUCAUAGCUCUGCAGCACCCUGUGUCAGCCCAUGGGGAGCCUUUGUCCUCAGCCUCCCACUGAAGGGAAAUGCCAGUGAGGUCAUCCUCACUCCGCAUUCUCUCCUCUCUCCGUGCUGUAAAGUGGUUCUGGAAGUUACAACAGGGUGGGUUAUGUUUCUCAGUGCUCGAGGAACAUGAAAGGAUUAUAAUGCUACAAUAUUUUCAGAAUGUAUAAUUUUCCUACUGAAAUGGUGUGUUCAUUCCUCUGACUCAGUUUGGAGAUCAAAAUGUUUUGAAAGGUAAUGGAUAACGACAUUUCACAUAGGAAUCCCAGCCUCUGUUGAACCACAGGGGAGGGCUGAUCAGUGCUAACCCAGUGCAGUCACUCUGUUCCCGGCACCUGGAUCCUGUGGUAAAUGUGUUCCUCACAUUGUCACUGGUGCUGCCUGUGAGGACACCUGUCCCUUCUGCAUGACAACCAACGUGGAAUGCAGAGUCACCAAGCCUCUGCUGAGCAGCAGUAGGAGUGGACAGCCCGGCACACAGACCAAACACUUUCUCCACGGCUCACUCCCUAGGGAGUUUUUCAUGUUUUCAGUUCCUUGGAGUUGUUUAUAGCUGUUUUGACACAUGCUGAUAUGAAGAGCAUUUCUCUGACUGCAGAAGUUUGAGGACAGGAGAGAGCAGGCCUUCCCCAUGCCAGCUCACUUUUCCUGAGGGCAGAAGGUCCUCUCCAUACCACAGAGCAUAGGGAGCCAGGUGGUGACUGGAAGACUUGGACUUUCCAGGGGACCAAAGAUGCCCUUGUGGCCUUUUGAAGGCUCAUACGUCCUUGUGCUAAGGUUUUCAGAAACUCUAAAUUGAGAAAAAGAAAAGGAAUGUGUGUAAAAAUAAGGCCACUGCCUGAAAAAAAAAGUUUUCCUGGGUCAGUUAUUUGCAUGAGGUUUGGUAAAGAAAUAGAAGAGAAAAGGAGAGACACACUCGAGGAUUCGUGUGAAUAUGGGUACUGCGGAUGCCCACGUAGCCUCCUGGGAUUGUUUCCAAAGUACCAGAAGUUCAGGUGAUGAUUUAAGCUGCUUUGUCACACUUAUUUGUGCAAAAUUGAUUUUUGUUUAAUAUUUUCUCGCUUAAUGUUAUAUAACCUCAGAAUGUAAAGAGCAUCGAGGGAAUCGUAGUCUUCAGUCUGGAGAGUAAACAUGCACUUGAGCCACGAGAAGCACUUGUCGUUGGUGGUGUAAAGUCAUUUGUGUGACUGUUUUUACUGUGCUUAUUUAAAAAAUAAACUUAGUAUUUUAAAUUGUGA